CAGAGAAGAGGAUGGGCUCCCAUGAAAAGAGCCUCUCCAUCCUCGGCUUAUCCUUGGAGGACCAAACCCCUUCCCACAUAAUAUAACCAACCAACUCCAAAAGGGAACUCAGUUAAGGAGAAAGUUGAAAAGAGGUUGGAAGAGGGCAUGGCUAAAUUGGUGGCGGUGCAACAGCUGCAACCGUGCCAUCAUGUCCCACGUGUCUCUCCCGGCUCCUCCCUUCUCCAUUCCUCUCUCUCUGAGUUCAAUGGCACAGCCCUUAACAUCUCUGUUCAGAAGAAAAGGAAGGUAUGGCAGCCAAAAGGGGCACUGCAGGUGAAAGCUUCCAGUGCCAAGAAAAUUUUAAUUAUGGGGGGCACUAGAUUCAUUGGUGUUUUCUUGUCCAGACUCCUUGUUAAGGAUGGCCAUCAGGUGACCUUGUUUACCAGGGGGAAGGCACCCAUCACCCAACAACUACCAGGAGAAUCAGAUCAAGAGUACGCAGAAUUCUCAUCCAAAAUAUUGCAUUUGAAAGGGGACAGGCAGGAUUUUGAAUUUGUGAAGACAAGCCUAGCAGCCAAGGGAUUUGAUGUUGUUUAUGAUAUUAAUGGGCGUGAGGGUGUUGAGGUAGAGCCUAUAUUGGAUGCAUUGCCUAAGCUAGAGCAGUUUAUAUAUUGCUCGUCAGCUGGAGUCUAUCUCAAAUCUGACCUGUUGCCACACUUUGAGGCCGAUGCAGUUGAUCCGAAGAGCAGGCACAAAGGAAAGCUUGAAACAGAGAGAUUGUUAGACUCCCGUGGUGUCAACUGGACUUCUCUGAGGCCAGUCUACAUAUAUGGCCCCUUGAAUUACAACCCUGUUGAAGAGUGGUUCUUUCAUCGACUGAAAGCUGGCCGCCCAAUUCCAAUCCCCAACAAUGGAGUUCAAAUCACCCAACUAGGACAUGUUAAGGAUUUGGCAAGGGCUUUUGUUAUGGUUCUUGGCAAUUCGAAAGCAAGUAAACAAGUGUACAACAUUUCUGGAUCCAAAUAUGUAACCUUUGAUGGGUUAGCAAGGGCAUGUGCCAAGGCUGCUGGGUUUCCUGAACCAGAAAUUGUCCACUAUAAUCCAAAGGAAUUUGAUUUUGGGAAGAAGAAAGCCUUUCCUUUCCGCGAUCAGCAUUUCUUUGCUUCAAUCGAGAAAGCUACAAGGGAUCUAGGUUGGAAUCCAGAAUUUGGCUUGAUAGAUGGUCUUGCUGACUCAUACAAUCUAGACUUUGGCAGAGGAACUUACAGAAAACCAGCUGACUUCUCGACAGAUGACAUGAUUCUUGGCAAGUCGCUUGUACUUCAGAGUUAAAGAUUGUUUGCUUUAUCCACAGCACCUACCACCCCACCCUCCAAGGUGAUUGAUUCAAGGAGGCUGGAAUUUAAGUCUUAAUGUCUAACUCCUCAUCUAAUCUGGUGGAAAUCAAAACUGUGAUGAGAACAUAGCUUGAGUUGUUGGAUGUGCAGCAAAGAGCCCACUAAAUUCUUGUAAGUAAUUGUUGGUAUUGCUGCAAUUUGUUUUCGUUUGCAUUGCAUCA